AGUGCCAGUCUGAACGUCACCUCACCCAUCGAAACUUGCACAGCUGCACAGCAGGCGCUCUCCGGGCAAAACAUUCCAACUCCAGUUAUUCGCACGAUCAAAACAUUACAAUCGCUUCGACGGUACGGUUCGGUGUCCACGGAACGCGCUCGCGGUUGGUUGUUGUUGUUGCUAUUUUUGCAGACUGUCGUCGUCGUGACACACAAAGCAAAAUAGAAAGAGUGAGAUCUGCUUGGUUUUGGAAAAAUUUCGCAAUAAUUGCUGGUGCUGGUGGUGCUACUGGAGUUGUGGACACGGAUUGUCCCCCUGGGGGAGGGACCACACUAUAAGAGCGGCUUAGCGAAGCAGGCAGUACAACCAAGGAGGACACUCCACCUCGUAUGAUCUCCGUGUAGCAGCUGUCCCAACUUCCACACCAUGGACAUGAACGACACCUUCGCCGGGCUGCUGGUCCCAGACCGGGACACGUGCAACGUGGUCAACAAAACCAAACUGCUGCUAAAUCUGUACGAAGGCAUCCCGGAGACGCUGCUGCUGAACGUGAUUUCGUGGUUCUUUCUGAUCAUGCUGUUUACGUUGCUCCGGCAGCAGGCCUGGGAUUACGGCCGGUUGGCGCUGGUUAACAGUCAUGGGGAAAAUAAACGCUGGACGCAGCUGUUUUACGCCCACGGGAAUGUGGGAGGGCAGCUGGGGGCGGAGUCGAGCGACGCCAGUUUGAGCAUCGACCGUGGGUUCUUUUCGUGGAUUUUGGCCACCUGGAGGCUUACGAGGGAGCAGAUUCUGACGCACAGCGGUCCGGACGCGGUCCACUAUCUGUCGUUUCAGCGGCAUCUGAUGCUGGUGAUGUCGAUCAUGACGUUUAUUUCGAUUGUGAUCAUUUUGCCGAUCAAUUUUUCCGGGGAGUUGAUCGGGGACAGGAAUUCGUUUGGACACACGACCAUUUCGAACCUGGAGCCGGACGGGGGAGUGAUGUGGGUGCACGUGUUCUUUGCGAUUGCUUACGUGCCGAUGGUGGUGCUGAUAAUGAGGAGGGCCUCGGGGAGGAACGCGUUCAAGACGGCCCCGACGCGGACGGUGAUGGCUACGAAUGUGGCCCAGCCGGAUUGCGACAAGAAUGCGAUCCGGACGUACGUGCAGCAGCUGUUUCCGGACGUGGGCAUCGACGACAUCCAGCUGGCGUACAAUAUCAACAGUUUGAUCAAGGCCGCCGAGGAGUACGAGCGGAUCGUGGAUGCGCGGAUUUACUGCGAGGUGCACCGGAACCGGGACCGGGAACCGCUGCAGGCUAAGCUUUCGUGCUGGAGCUGUGAAACUGUGGACGCACUGGAGUACUACAAGGACGAGGAAGCGCGACUUGCGGGUCAAGUUUCGCGGCUGCGAGCAUCGGCGUUGAACGAACCGCUGGGCAUUGCCUUUAUCACGCUGAAUUCGGCCCACGAGGCACAGCACGUGAUUCUGCACUUUAAGCCGGGCACGUACCGCGACUGGGACCUGUCGUUCGCACCCGCUCCGUCCGAUAUUUUCUGGGAACACCUGAGCGUGGACACGGCCCAGUGGUACUGCAAGUGGAUCACCGUCAAUUUGGUGCUGUUUUUGUUCCUGUUUUUCCUCACGACGCCGGUGAUUAUCGUCAACAUGUUGGAUACCUUUUCGCUAACCAAGAACACCACGUCCCAGAUCAGCAAGAUUAGUCCGCUGGUGUCGGAGUUCCUGCCAACGCUGCUGCUGUGGUCCCUGUCGGCGCUGAUGCCCGUGAUCGUGGCGUACUCGGACACGUGGCUGUCCCACUGGACACGAUCGCGCCAGAACUACGUCAUCAUGACCAAAACGUUCGGCUAUUUGCUGUUUAUGAUCUUGAUUCUGCCCUCGCUCGGACUCACCAGCGCCGAGGCGUUCCUCGAGUGGACCAUCAAGAACAACAACGAAACGUACCGAUGGCAGUGCAUCUUUCUGCCGGACAAGGGAGCCUUCUUCGUCAAUUACAUCAUCACGGCGGCGUUCAUCGGUACCGCGCUGGAGCUGAUCCGAUUCCCCGACCUCAUCUGCUACAUCUGGAAGCUGGCGACGGCCAAGUCACGCGCCGAAACGCCCCACAUUCGCAAGUCGAUCCUGAUCACGUUCCCGUUCGGAAUCCACUACGCCUGGAUGGUGAUGGUCUUCACCAUGAGCACCGUCUACAGUCUGGCCUGUCCGCUCAUCAUGCCCUUCGCGAUGACAUACAUCCUGCUGAAGCAUUUUGUAGACAAACACAACCUGUUCUUCGCGUUCGCACCGUCCAACAUGAUAAGCCAGGGCAGCGGCGGCAAGAUCCACAGCACCGCCGUCACUAUGACCAAGUUCUCCGUCAUCCUGCUGCUCUCGAUUAUGGCCGCCCUGGCCGGUGUCCGCGAGGGAAGACUCAACGUCCGCGCGGUGGUCCUCAUUACGGCCCUCGUCGUAACGCUCGUCAUGUUCACCUUCAUGUCCCCCAUCAAAAAGUGCACCACGAAGCCGCUGAGCAUCGUAGAGACCGAGGGGGCCGCCCCGAUCUACGUGGCCGACGUGCUCAUCAACCGGCGGAUCGUGUCCGACAGUCCGUCCCAUCUGAGCUACGGCUCCGACACCACCAUGGACAUUGUGAUGAACGAUGCCGGCCGGAGUGUCACGGCGUAAGCUUCUUCAACUCUCUCUCUCUCUGUUUUUUUUACAUUCUGAGCGCGCCCGUUUUUGUUGUGUCGAACAAUGUGAUUUUCUAUUUUGUUUUUUUUUAUACUAUGAUUAAACAAUUUUUAUCAUGUAGCGGCUACGACGCGACAAGUUUAAAUUAUUCGUCCUAAUUUUACGUAACAUUUAGCGAGUGCAUCACCAAAAGAAAGCAAUUAGCUGUGUUAAUUGGGUGGAUCGAGUCUUCAAGGGCAAGAGAAGGAUGGUAUUAUAAACAAUAGGAGAUUUCCAAAGGUUCGUAGUGGAAUAAAGCUGUAUAUUUCUGAAUAAAAAAAAUACCACACAUUCACGUGUUAAUUUCCGUAAUUAAUAACACACCUGGCAGAUAGGAAGCUUAGCAAUGUAGAUUAAACGACACCCUGUAUUAUUUAGCAAAACAAAAAUCCUUUUCUUAAAACACGUAACAUUAAC